AUGAAACUUCAGUUAAAGGUGACUCUUUUCGGAGCCGCUGGGAAUGGCAAGUCUUCUAUAGGCAAUAUGUUACUUAGUGGUAAUAUAUCAGGGCCCUUCCCAGUUGUCGAUACUCCAAGAGGGUUAAAUGUAGACGGGCAUAUUAUGCAUGCUUCUUCAGAAAGAUAUAUGGUAUAUGAUAUGUCCGGAGUAGGUGAAAUUUCUUCGAGUAAUAAUCCUCAUGAGGAGGUCGCCGAAUCAAUUAAAAAUUAUUUCUCAAGAAAGCGUACACCUCUCAACUUUAUAUGUUACGUAGUGAAAGAGGGAAGAUCUAAAUUAGCUGGCGUACAGAGUACGUUCUCGUUAUUUAAAAAAAUUUUUAAAGGAGGCGAAAAAAAUUUUGUUAUCAUCAUUACCGAUAGUUCACAAGAAUGGGUUGACAGAUGUAGAAAUGAAUUAGUAAAUGAUUUUGGAAAUUAUCCAAUGAUUGGAGUCGACUUUCCCUUUCAUAAGAAAUUUGAUGACCGUAUACAAGAAGAGCUAAGAAAGAGAAGCAUAAAUCACUUAAACACACAACUUUUAAACUUAAGACAUGCAUGUACUGAAUUUCAGAUUAACAACACAUUUGAGACAAGAGAGGAAUAUUUUGCAGAAACUGUCGCUCAAGUACCAGUGUUAGGCAAUGCAUAUAGACUGCUUUCUUCUGGUGCUUAUUAUGUGGCAGGAAGGGCGGAUAUGUCAAAAGAACGACUUCCAGAAGGGCCUAUUAAAGGGGUUGCGAAACUGGUUUUUGAUGUAGGGUAUACGGCUAUUAUAAUUUGCGGAAAUACCUGUGCAAUUAUCGAAUGA